CUCAGCUGCUCUGGGUCAAGCGGGGUUUCUGCGAGUUCUCGCUGCACCUCAGCAGGCUGAGGACCGAUCCACCCGAAGCAAUGCAGGUGGCGUCUGUGCUUCUUCUACUCAUCGGCGCUGCCCACGCCACGAGCGGCGAUGCCCCCAUCGGUAAGGUGCUCGAGCUGAUGUCAGGGCUGGAGGCUACGAUCACCAAGGAGGCCGAGGAGGCCGCCAAGCUCAAGGUGGAGAAGGACACCUGGUGCAAGGAUACGGCUGUGAGCCUGGGCUUCGAGAUCCAGACAGGGACAGACGACGUUGCCAGCCUCGAGGCCAAGAUAGCCAAGGAGGCUGCCGCCAUCGGCUCGCUCACGGAGAAGGUCGAGGAGCUCGCAGGCCAGGUCGCCAAGGACGAGAAGGACCUCCAGAUGGCCACCAAGAUCCGUUCUUCCGACGUCGGCGACUUCGAGGCUGAGGAGAAGGAGCUCGUUGCGACCAUCGACACGCUGCAGCGCGCCAUCGGCGUCCUCGAGAGGGAGCUGGCCAAGGCGGGCGGCGCGGCCCUGGUGCAGGAGGGGGAGUCCGAUGCAGCGCCCAGAGCAGCGCUCACUGACCGUGGCCGUUGUGGUCCGAGGCAACCCAAACUGUCGAGGCGAGGCCUGUUUGCCAGGCGCCCGCCUGACAUCUCCAAGUUCAUGGUGGGAGCGUGCAAGCAUGACGGCUGUCGCUGGGGCAAGGACGGCGGAGCUACGCUCACAGCGGCUACAAUCUGCACGUUGUGCAACACGCUGCUGCUCGGAGUGUUGCCCGCAGAGCCCAAACGCCGAGCCGUCGUGAGGUUGCUGCGUGGCCUGCCAGCCGCUGCGCAGGCGAGCCCGGAGUUGGCCGCCACCGCGCGCGCGGCCGUGGCCCCGGCGAGCGCGGAGAAGACCAGGCCCGCGGAGCGCGGGACAGGGUGCCAGCUGAGCAAGACCGACACCAAGGGCGACAACGACCAUAGUGCGCCGGGAGGCGAGGGCGCGCCGAAGGAGACGCCGGAGGGCCACAGUGGCAGCUGGUGGCGCGGUGGUGGAUGGGCCCCGCAGUCCACCGCCACGCGGCCCAGGGAGCCCGCGCAAAACGCGCAGGAGGACCAGCGCAGCAAGGGCGACAGCUCGGGCGGCAGCUGGUGGCGCGGCGGCUGGAACGCCGCGUGGUCGAACACCUCGCGGUCGAGCGCCGAGUGGGGCCAGGUGCCCCUGGGAUGCGCAUUUUCGCCGCGGAGCCUGCGCUGUCCGACGCAGGGGUGGCAGAAGUGGCAGUCCUCGGCGCAGACGCAGGGAACCUGGAAGAAGCGCAAUCACUGGGACUGGCAGGGGGAGGAGGGCGCGGACUGGAAGCGGCAGAAGUACUGGGAGAAGGAGCCCGACGCAAAGGAGCGAGGCCGCGAGCAGAUGUCGGGGAACCGACCGGAAGAGCAGGGGUGGCAAACGGCCGGAGACCGGGGGCUGGGCCAGACGGAGCGCGGCCGCGAGCAGAAACUGGAGCAGAACGCGCAGGAGGUGCAGCGACAGACGGACGCGGAGCAGGGGCGCAAGCAAGAGGACCGCGGCCCCCAGCAGGACUCGGCAGACAUGGAGAAGAACGAGGGCCAAACGGACGCCGUCGAGAAGGGGGGGAAGAAGCGGGACCCGUACGACCACGUGUCAGGCGACGCUCUCCAGGAGACCCAGGAGGAGGCCGACUUCAACGCCGAGAUGCGGUCGUGGCUCGACGAGACGGCAUGGAGGCAGAGCAAGACCCCGAAGAACGGGCAUCUCGUCUGGUUUCACAUCGACUUGCAGGAGUCGUUCUGGCAGAAACCCACCCCUGCAGAGCUCGCCGAGCAGAAGACGAAGGACGAAAUCGUCGUGAAGGCGGCGAAAGUCUUUCUCCGGGGAGGGGGUGCGCAGGGGGCGGCCAUGGCGGGGCGCGUCGGCAUGAGCGAGCAGGAGGUGAAGGACCGGCACGCUGUUCUGCAGGCGGCGGCGAAGCGCAGGGAGCAGAGGCAGGGCCAUCGGCGUCAGAAGUUGCUCGGGAUCUGA